GUUGACCUCGGUCUACUUGCGUGUUCUAUCCUGCUUGCACCUGAAUCCUGUCUCUUUCAUCCUCAAAAACGGCUUUUGGAGGUGGUGGCGUCGCCAGACGCACGGCGGAGGCUUCUUUCCGGUCACGGACUCCUGCCAUGGACAACCCAGGCAAUCCGAACAUACACACCAUCGUCAAGGCCCAAAUCGUUUUCCUUCUCUCGACGCUUACAGAGGAGAACUUCGAGCGAAACCAGCUAGAGAUUCGUUCCUUGUCGGAACAACAUGGAAUUGAAACCUAUCUUCACUUCAUUCGUCGUCUCAUAGUCCAAACCAACGGUAGAUUGGCAACAAAUGGCUCGAAUACUACAUUCGAUGCCUCUAGUGCCUUGACUUUUCGCCUCCUGGUCCAGGAAGUGCAGCGCCUCGCGCGCGAUCCUUACCUAGCAGACCGUUUUCGAGAUGGCGUGGAUAAGGGCGAAGGGGAUGCCUUCCGCAAUUUCGACUUGGGGCGUUUUGUUGAUAGGAUAGGACUGCGUCCUCUAGAGCGAGUGGUAUUGGCUUCUUCGAUCGUGGCGGCUCCGACUCGCAAGGAGCUGACGACGCAAGCAGUCAACUUGAUUCGCUCGGAUUUCGAGAACGCAGUGUUGGCUCUGUGCCAGCAUCCCUCAUUCGACCAUGCAGACCUGAAUCCAAAUCAAGUGGCGAAAUUGAUGUCGAACCUUGUUUGUGAUGUUGUGCCAGACGGUCCGCUCUUAGAUGCCACUCAACGACAAGCCUUGAUUGCUGCCACUCAGUCCAAGUACGGACUCGAGAUACUCUCCCCCAUCCUACAGCGAUUGUUGCCUACAAUGAGUCUUCCACCAGAUACGACGCUGGUUCAAGCGUUGGUUCAAUUGGGCCCCGAUAUCACUAGCGACGUCGACGUGAUUCGCGCUCUUCUUACCCGAUUUAACAUCGACGAAUCCAACCCCCCUACCGACGACCAAGUUAGCGAUCUUUUCUCCAAUUUGACCCGAUUAGCAGGUGAAGGCGGUAUCUUGUGCGACGCUGGCGCGCUUGUGAGGGCAUUGAGUAGUCUUAACCCGAAUUGGGCGAACGUCAUUAUGGCCUUCGACCGGCCGGAUAGACAAACUGUUGAUACCGCCACUCUGAAACUCUUGGUGGCUAUCCUUGUCAACUGUCCACAGAACGCUGAGAGGCACGCAGUUACUGGGUUCUGGCAGCCGUGGAAGAAUCAGCAAUAUCAGCUUCGUCUGUUGGACGCGCUCCUAUCUCUUCCAGCUGAUACCUUUAGCUUCGUCAACCUUCCUGUCCAUCCCAUUGUGACAGUGGACGAUGUAAACGGCGCUAGCUCUACUGUCAAGGCCCUUGCGGCCAACGUUCAAGGCCACUCGUGGAAUUCGAUCGAGCUCUUUGAGGUCCUCAUUAGAGCUGCGGAUUCGGAGUCGACCGAAGUUAGGAACCUCGUGCGCGAGAUGCUUGACAAGGCAGUCAAGAUUAGUGCAGAGCUAGUUCAUCUUGGUUUGCUUCAAAAUGUACCAUGGAACCAGAUUCGGCUGGAGUACUCACAAAGAUUGCUCACAAUGUUCCUGGCUGGACAUCCCAACCAUCAACUAGUCUUUAUGCGUAUUUGGCAGAUCGACCCCAACUACCUGACCACUGCAUUCCGCGAGUAUUACGAGGAAAGCCCCUUGAACAUCACUCGCAUUCUCGACGUCGCCCAAGACCUCAAGAUUUUGGACACUCUUUUGGAGACGCGGCCGUUCAUCUUUGCCCUCGAUGUGGCUGCACUGGCUUCCCGACGAGAAUAUCUCAAUCUCGACAAGUGGCUCGCUGACCAUGUCACCGCUCACGGUGCCGAUUUCCUCCAUUCUGUCAUCACAUUCCUAGAUAUGAAGAUGGAGACCGAGAAGGCUACAAGGGUUUCUGAUCCCGCCCCCGAACACACCAGCAUGCCACUCAAUCCUCAAACUAUCACUAUUUUCCUACGCACGCUCCGAAACAGCUCCAACCUCCUUCACGAAAGCGACAUUGACUACUGUCUUGAAGUCCGCAACUCAUGCCUCCAAAUCCAUCCUCGUCUAAUGAACUUGUCUCCAGGCUCAGACUCUGAGCCAGGUUUCCAAGUUGUCAGCUACUCGCCGGAGAUCGAGGCGGAGGUGGACGCCAUCUAUAAACAAAUGUAUGAUGAACAUAUCACAAUCGACGAGGUGAUUGCCUUGCUUCAGCGAAACAAGAACUCGAACAAUCCUCGAGAUCACGAGAUCUUCUCCUGCAUGUUACACUUCCUGUUUGACGAGUACAAGUUCUUCCAGUCCUUCUAUCCUCCUCGCGAGUUGGCCAUGACUGGUUACCUCUUUGGAUCCCUUAUCCAGUAUCAGCUAGUAGACUUCAUCCCUCUAGGUAUUGCCAUCCGCUACGUGCUGGACGCUCUGAACUGCGGUCCGGAUUCGAACUUGUUCAAGUUCGGAAUGCAGGCGCUGGCGCGCUUCGAGUCUCGUCUAUCGGAGUGGCAGCCACUGUGUCAUGCGCUGCUCAAGAUCCCACAUCUCUUGGAAGCACGCCCGGAGCUGGUUUCUGUCCUGAACCGCGCGAUCGCGAGUGCAGGAGAUGGCGCAAGCGCUAGCUCGGAUCUGCGAUCGCUCACAACGCUCGACCCUCCUCCAGUCUUCACUGCCAUCCAACCUGAUCGGGUCGAGGUCGAACCAGAGCAUCCGCCAGAGGAAGUUUCGGAUAAGAUUCUCUUCAUUGUUAACAACCUUGCUGCCAACAAUUUCGAUGCUAAAUUGGCGGAAAUGCGGGAGCAAUUUGACGAGAAGUAUGCUCGAUGGUUCGCUAAUUACCUCGUAGACCAGCGGGUCAGCACUGAGCCAAACAACCAUCAACUUUACAUCCGAUUCCUUGACGCGCUGGACGGAAAGGCACUAUUCAAGUUUGUUCUCCAUGAAACGUUGGUCAAGUCUGCGGUCUUGUUGAACUCCGAGAAGACGGUCCAGCUUGGAUCGGAGAGGACGAUCUUGAAGAAUGUGGCGUCAUGGUUGGGAUCCAUCACCUUGGCCCGUGACCAGCCUAUCAAGCACAGAAACUUGUCCUUCAAAGAUCUGCUCAUUGAGGGAUACGACAACAACCGGUUGGUUGUCGCUAUCGCUUUCGUUUGCAAGACCUUAGAGCCUGCCUCCAGAUCAAAGGUGUUCCGCCCUCCAAAUCCGUGGUUAAUGGCGGUGAUCAGUUUGCUUGCUGAGCUCUACCACUAUGCGGAGCUCAAACUGAAUCCAAAGUUUGAGAUUGAGAUUCUUUGCAAGGCUUUGGACAUCGACCUUGACACCGUAGAAGCCACCACAAUUCUUCGUAACCGUCCACUCACCGACACCUUGGCUGGCCCGCCGCUUCCCGACUAUGUCACCGAUAUCGAUUCUCUGCCCAUUGGUGGAUACGAUCCUACUCAAAUGCAAGCUGAUUCUCAGGUGUUGGCAUUAGGACCAUCUAGCCCGACUGAGACGCAGCGUGUCCUUGGCGCGCAUAUUGAAAAUAUUCUCCAGAACAUGCUACCGCAUGUCCAAAUCAGUCCUCAAUUGGCACCUCUGCACACCAACCAAUCGUUCAAGCGUGCUGUGCAGAUGGCUGUCGAUCGCGCCGUACGAGAGAUCAUUCUUCCUGUUGUUGAGCGAUCAGUGACCAUCGCUGGAAUUUCCACCAGGGAGCUCGUGGCGAAGGAUUAUGCUACAGAGCUCAACGAUGAAAAGGUUCGCAGGGCCGGGCACUUCAUGGCUCAGAAGCUGGCUGGUAGUCUUGCGCUGGUAACUUGUAAAGAGCCUUUAAAGAGCAACCUCGGCGGUCACAUCCGACAUUACUUGACGGAAUAUGGAUUCAACGAGCAAAUGGUUCCCGAUCAGGUUUUCACCGUACUCGUUCAAGACAACUUGGACCUUGCCUGCCAAGCCGUUGAGAAGGCUGCUAUGGAUCGUGCUCUUCUUGAUGUGGAUGAAGGAUUCGCCUCUGCCUUCGAAAUUCGCCGGCGACAUCGCGAGACGCGGCCUGGUCAACCUUUCUGGGACCCCUCGGUCACCCAUUCACCCUUUGCCAAUUCAUUGCCAGAUCCUUUGCGUCUCAAGCCUUCUGGCGUUCAGCCGCAACAAGCUGUAGUAUAUGAAGAUUUCGGCUUAGAUAUCAAGCGCAGGAUGGUCGCUAGUAGACCGGGUUCCACGGUGUCUUACGGCCGUAACGAGCAUCUCCCGUCUUCUAUCUACGCGUCCUCUCCCGGACCAGAACAGGCUUUGGCUGGCAGCCAGGCCUUCUUGACCCACCAAGAAGCCAUGGACCGCUUUAACGCUAUGACCAAGAAUUUGGAGGCUGUCAUGUCACAACUUCCUGUGCAAUCUCUCGCUUCUCUGCCCCCGACGCAUGAGAUUCGAAAUCUCGUUCGCCAGAUUUUAUAUCUCGCCACGGAUUCGAUGGAUCGCCACCGUACUCCACUACUGAUGUCGCAGAAGAUCGUUCAGCUCUUGUAUAAGACCCCCACACAAAUGGGCCGCGAAAUCUACGCCGCUCUGUUGGACCAAUUGUGCAACAACUUCGAGGACGUUGCCAAAGAGGCGAUUACCUGGUUGAUCUAUGCGGAGGAUGAGCGCAAGCUGAAUGUACCUGUGACCGUGACAUUAAUGAGGAGUGGUCUCGUCAAUAUCACGCAGGAAGAUCAGCAGCUAGCGAAGUUGCUCCUUGCUGAUCCCAGACCCAUUCUUCUCAAUUUCGCAGCUGGUCUCAUCCGAGAAUGCUUAUCUAGCGACCCGCCUAUCGCUUCUCAAGGAUCAUUCGCCUACACACUUGAGGUCCUGACACAAUUGGCGCAAGCCGGAAAGGCGAAUGAAGAGGUUCAUAGGUUGCUCGACGAUUUGCGAGGUGUACGAAGGCCAAUAGCACAGGCUGUCCCGGAUACAGUUCCAGGACGACUGUCCGUGAAGCCCGAGACUGAACAGCUCAGAGAGAAACUUUUCAUCUGGUUCCAACAAUGGGUUAACAUAUUCCAGCGCUCUCACUCCCCCGAAAAAUCUUUUGUUCCCUUUAUCAAUUCGUUGACGAAGCAAGGCAUUUUGAAAGCUGAAGACGUGUCGUCAUUCUUCUUCCGGGUCUGCGCGGAAUCCAGCAUCAAUAGUUAUCUCAAGUGUGUCGAUGCCGGAGAAUUCGGAUUUGCUUUCCAGGCCUUAGAUGCAAUGUCCCGCUUGAUCGUCUACAUCAUCAAGUACCAUGGGGAUGCCUCUGGCGUGAACAAUGAUCAUGCGAAGGUUCACUACUUCACCAAGAUCCUCUCCAUCAUCGUCCUUGUCUUGGCGAACAUGCAUGAAGAGCAAGGUCCUGCAUUCCAGCAGAAGCCUUUCUUCAGGUUCUUCUCGAGCUUGUUGAAUGAUCUUCAUUCCAUCGAAUCCAGUCUCGGAAGCGUAUACUUCCAGCUUCUCCUCGCUAUGGGCGAUACUUUUAGCUCGCUGCAGCCCACUUAUUUCCCAGGUUUCGCCUUUUCAUGGAUGAGUCUCAUCUCCCACAGACUAUUCAUGCCGAAGCUACUGCUUUCAGAGAAUCGAGAGGGCUGGUCCGCGUUCCACAGGCUACUUAUCUCCCUCUUCAAAUUCCUUUCGCCUUUCUUGAAGGCAGCUGAUUUGCAGCCGGCAUCGAGAGACCUCUAUCGAGGAUCUCUGCGCUUACUUCUUGUCCUUCUGCAUGAUUUCCCUGAAUUCCUUAGCGAAUACUACUUCACGCUCUGUGACGCUAUCCCCCAGCGUUGCAUCCAAUUGCGCAACGUAGUCCUCAGUGCAUUCCCUCCUAGUGUCAUGCUGCCAGAUCCACACCUCCGCGAUCUAAAAUUUGAGUCCAUCACAGAAAUGGGUCCUAUACCCCCUAUCCUUUCCGAUUUCUCCUCCAUCCUGAAGACCGGCGAGUUGCGAGCCUAUCUAGACCAGUAUCUUCUUGGUCGCGGGUCACCGUCUUUCCUUCCUUCGCUCAAGGAUCGCCUACGCCUGCCUGCUGUGAACGACUCAUCGGAGACAUACAACCUUUCCCUGAUCAAUUCGCUGGUUAUGUAUAUCGGUGUCUCCUCCGUCGCCCAGGCCAAGGCUCGCAGCGGCAGCGUCCUCUUUGUUCCCAGCGAUCCCGGGGCUGUUGCUUUGCAAUAUCUUGCCAGCAACCUUGACACAGAAGGGCAACAUCAUCUCCUCAGCGCAAUGGUUUUGCAUUUGCGUUACCCCAACGCUCACACCCACUGGUUCAGCUCCUUGAUGCUGCACCUGUUCUACGAAGUCAAGGUCGAUCGUUUCAGGGAAGUGAUGACGAGAAUCCUCUUGGAACGUUUCCUUGUUUAUCGGCCUCACCCUUGGGGUGCCUUGGUCACCUUCGUCGAACUCCUCCGUAACCCCAAGUAUGACUUCUGGAACCAGGAUUUCAUUCAUCUCGCCCCCGAGGUUUCCUUCCUCCUCGACUCCGUGGCCAAAUCAAUUUUCCCGUAGACUGUUACCGCUAUCGACGUCGCUAUCUGUUCUAUAUAUCCUCUUGUUCUUUUUCUCUUUUGGGAUCUGUCCUCUCCUCAUCGCAUUUGUAUUGUAAUAUGACCUCGCAUUCCCCGUGUUCCAAAAGGUAUACGUAGCCAUCCGAACUUUGCUUACGGCCGGGUUUUACGCAUCCAACUACUGCUUAUCCUAACUGUGUUCUGUAUAUCCCAAUGUAUUACUCCUAAUACCAGUUGUUAUAAUCUAGAAUGCAUGAAUG